UGAGUCCAAGGUAUCCAGCAGAGCCAAGAUGGCGGAGUGAGCAGCGAUGUGCUGAAGUUCACUUUUAACUCUGAACGCUGCUGCUGGCCGACCGGAGGGUGUCGAGAACCAAUAGUGCAGGGGUCUUCCACAUCUGGAUUAGAAGGUUUUCAGAUCUGCUGUGUUUUCCAGGUGUCUUUUUCUGAGAUGUCUAGGCUAGGUGGCCUGAGGGGGCUCAACCCCGAAACACGGACCACCAGCACAGACAGUUCCACUGCUGAGAGACUACACGAGCCUCUACAGAUGGACACAGCCACGUGUAGAGACACCCGCACAGCUGCUUGAAAGAGAGAACAAGCCAAGCGGCAAAUUUGGACCUGAUAUUCAGGUCCCAACUGGUCCUCAGACAGAGACCUCUGCUGGUGUUAGCUUUUAUUCGGCCAACUUUCAUUUCUCCCCCUUCAAUCCCCUGAUAUUUGACAUUCCAUCCAUCGUAUAAUCAUCUAUCCUUCCCUCCCUCCAGUCAUCUGAGAGUGUAUUUUGCGCUGCAGAGCUAGAAGUGGAGAGCAGGUAAUGGAUGAUGCUGGCCAUGGUGACCUAGGGUAAAUGGCUAUUCCUCAGCACAGCUCAGUGCCAGUAUCUACUGCUCAAUCUUCCUCCUCCACUACUCCCCCCUCCUCUCUCCCCUACUCCACCUCUCUGCUCUCCCUCCCGGUUCACCGCUGCUGCUUGCUGCCCAGUCCCGCCUCUCUCCUCCAACACCAUGGUAGGUGCCGGCUUGGGUGUGUGGAAGCUAUUGCGAGGCGUCCGCCAGCUGGAGCUCCACCGCCUCAUCCUGGCACUUAUCAUCUUCUGCUUACUGUCCAUGGCCUUCCUAGCUUACUACGUCUCCAACAGCCCCAAAAUCAAGGAGGCCCCCCCUUUACCCUUCAGUGACUGCGGUGGUGGAGGGGGGAUAUCACCGGGAGCGAGCACCGGGGCCGCCGGAGGAGGGCCAGGUGUCCAGAGGGCACCGCUUUUCCUUCCCCAGCGCCCGGGCCGACUACGACAGGUAAAGGCGGUGGACAAUUCCAGGACGGAGCCCGUCGUUCUGGUGUUCGUAGAGAGCAUCUACUCCCAGCUGGGCCAGGAGAUUGUAGCCAUAUUAGAGUCCAGCCGCUUCCACUACCGGACAGAGAUCGCUCCUGGUAAAGGAGACAUGCCCACAUUGACAGAGCAUAACCGUGGACGCUACACACUGAUCAUCUAUGAAAACGUGUUGAAAUAUGUCAACCUGGAUGCGUGGAACCGUGACUUGCUGGACAAGUACUGUGCCGAGUACGGAGUAGGUGUCAUUGGCUUUUUCAAAGCGAAUGAAAACUCUCUUCUGAGUGCACAGCUCAAAGGUUUCCCCCUCUUUCUACACUCACACUUGGGACUCAGGGACUACCGCAUCAACCCCAAUGCUCCUCUACUCUACAUCACCAAGCCCAACCAGGUGGAGCAGGGCUCUUUACCGGGGGAUGACUGGACCAUAUUCCAGUCCAACCACUCUACCUAUGAACCAGUGCUUCUGGCCAGUACCAAGUCUUCUGAGGCACUGGCACAUUUUGGACCCAGCCCCUCGCGGGCCCUCCACGCCACAGUCAUCCAGGACUUAGGGCUCCACGAUGGCAUUCAAAGAGUUCUCUUUGGGAACAAUCUCAACUAUUGGCUUCACAAAGUGGUGUUUGUGGACUCCAUUGCCUACCUGACAGGGAGGAGACUGUGUUUGUCCUUGGACCGCCACAUCCUGGUGGACGUGGAUGAUAUAUUCGUUGGCAAGGAGGGAACCCGUAUGAAGGUGUCGGACGUGGAGGCGUUGAUCAACACUCAAAACAAGCUGAGAGCACUGGUUCCUAAUUUCACCUUCAAUUUGGGAUUUUCUGGAAAGUUUUAUCACACAGGUACUGACGAAGAGGACCGGGGCGAUGACAUGCUGCUGCAGCACAGGAUGGACUUCUGGUGGUUUCCUCAUAUGUGGAGCCACAUGCAGCCUCACCUCUUUCACAACGUCAGCGUCUUGGCUGAACAGAUGAGGCUCAACAAGAUCUUUGCUCAGGAGCAUGGCAUCCCAACAGAUAUGGGUUAUGCAGUGGCUCCGCACCACUCUGGGGUUUACCCAGUUCACAGCCAGCUCUAUGAGGCCUGGAAGUCUGUGUGGGGCAUCAAGGUGACCAGCACCGAGGAAUACCCUCAUCUGAGGCCAGCUCGAUACCGCCGUGGCUUCAUCCACAACGGGAUACAGGUGUUGCCCAGGCAGACCUGUGGUCUGUUCACCCAUACAAUCUUCUAUAAUGAAUACCCAGGAGGUUCAAAGGAGCUGGACAAGAGCAUCAGAGGAGGAGAACUCUUCCUCACUGUCCUCCUAAACCCUAUCAGUAUCUUCAUGACGCACCUGUCUAAUUACGGCAACGAUCGGCUGGGUCUGUACACCUUUGAGUCUUUGGUGAAAUUCGUCCAGUGUUGGACCAACCUCAGGCUGCAGACGUUGCCUCCCGUCCGGCUCGCUGAGAAAUACUUCCAGAUCUUCCCUGAAGAGAGAGACCCCCUCUGGCAGAACCCUUGUCAUGACAAGAGACACAAAGAUAUCUGGUCUAAAGAAAAGACAUGUGACAGACUCCCCAAGUUCCUUGUCAUUGGACCACAGAAAACAGGCACUACAGCGCUUCAUUCAUUCCUGAGCCUCCACCCAGCGGUCACCAGCUCCUUCCCCAGCCCCACCACCUUUGAGGAGAUCCAGUUCUUCAGUGGAGCAAACUAUGACAACGGGAUUGACUGGUACAUGGACUUCUUCCCAUUCCCUUCCAACGUCAGCACCGAUUUCAUGUUUGAAAAGAGUGCCAACUACUUCGACACAGAGGCCGCGCCUAAGAGAGCUGCUGCCCUGCUUCCCAGAGCCAAAAUCCUGGCAGUGCUCAUCAACCCGUCUGACAGGGCUUACUCCUGGUACCAGCACCAGAGGGCUCACCAGGAUCCCGCAGCCCUCAACAACACGUUCCUUGCGGUGGUGACGGCAGGACCCUCGGCCCCCAGGGACCUGCUGGCCCUUCAGAGACGCUGCCUUAAUCCCGGGGCCUAUGCUCCUCACCUAGAGCACUGGCUGCAACACUACCAGCCCGGCCAGUUGCACAUCGUAGACGGGGCCCUGCUGCGCUCCAACCCAGCACUGGUGAUGGAGGGAAUCCAGAGAUUCCUCGGUGUCACUCCCAUCUUCAACUACACCCAGGCUCUAAUGUACGAUGACAGCAAAGGUUUCUGGUGUCAGCGGAUGGAAGGAGGUCGAUCCAAAUGUCUGGGGAAGAGUAAAGGCAGGAAAUACCCGGAGAUGAGCCCUGAGUCGCGUGCCUUUCUGGCCGAACACUACCGUGACCACAACAUGGAGCUGCUGCGUCUGCUGAAUCGGUUGGGCCAACCGCUGCCGUCCUGGCUCCGCCAAGAACUCCAGAGCACAAGCUGGAGCUGAGGCCAACAAGCUCUCGCACACACAGACAGACGGACAAACACACCACAGAAAAAAGCCGGGGACCGGAGUCUGGAUGAGCUUUGAGGCUCUGGAUUAAACUGGACUACCUGAUCUGGAAUCAACAGCAGCACACAC